AUGGCUGAGUCGCCGACGUCAGUGUUAACGCAGACGUUUGAAUCACUCUGUGUAGAUAUUGGUAGUGAGACCGAUCCCAAUGAUACCCCAGACAAGAAGAAACAGACUUCUCGCGGUACUAAAGUCAGACAUAACUCCGACUCUGUGUUCGCUAUCGAUAAGAAUAAGGGGAGACGCAUAACGAAAUGUAAACAGAGUCUUUCCCCCAAACUGCGUAAAGAGCAAGUAGAGCAAUUCCUGGAGUCCACAACAGAGGAGCACACAACGCCGCGACGUUCAGCGCGGCGCUCCACACGACGCCGCCACACUGUCGGAGACCCAGCACCCUCGGCACCAGCAACACCUGGGCCGCAACAACACGCGCGCGGGUGUCGUGUACAAGCUAACGAUGUCACUGUAGAUGAACUGGCGGGGUACAUGGAGAAUGCUCUGUUUAUCCCACGACCUAUGAGCUCCAUGGCUGAAAUGAUGUACACGUGA